AUGUAUGCCACUGGUAUUUCUCGAUCUCCGGAGAAGUUGAUCGGUAGAUUGGGUCUGGAGUCGCAUCGACACUUUAUUCUGUUCAUCUUCCCCGUCCGCAAAAGCGACGAUGUCGUCUACGUCGUUGGCGAGAUGCACCGAUACCAUCUCUGGGUGUUCGACUCUGCGCCGCUGGUGCUUCCACGCCUCGAGGAGCACGUUUCUAACGGUGGUGGCGUCGACAUUGGCAGAGUCAGGAGCUUCUCCAAGGGCAUCGACACGGAGGUGCUGGGAGAUCCAGUCGAAAUCCUGCGAUCUUGCCUCCAGGCUUCGACUUCUUUGUGGUGA